CUGAUGACGUGUGCCUUCACCACUACCUCGAGCUAGCUAACUUAGCUCCCCGUAGUUGCACGCCGAGGGGCGAUUAACCCAUACAAAUAAAUACAUAUUAAACAAAAAAGUAAGCGAGUAGUUCAGCAAGAGGUUGACAAAGAUGGAGACGCUUUACCACCAGACAAAUAAGCAAAUCCAGCAGGUGCAGUCGCUCAUGGGCAACCUGGAGAUAACAGAUCGCCAAUCAGUUCACUUGUUAGAGAAUGAACUUCAGGCUCGAAUUGAGCAGAUCUUCAACCACUUGGAGCGUCUGGAGAUACUGGCCAGCAAGGAGCCGCCCAACCGCCGCCAGAAUGCCAAACUGCGCGUGGACCAGCUCAAGUACGACGUCCAGCAUCUGCGCACCGCCCUGCAGAACUUCCAGCACCGACGCUACACCCACGAGGCCCAGGAGCGAGAGCGGGAGGAGCUCAUGAGGCGGACCUUCACCACUAAUGACGCCGACACGUCCAUCCCAAUUGACGAGACGCUGCAGCUCAACUCCAACCUUCACAACGCGCAUCGAGGCAUGGACGACCUGCUGGGCAGCAGUAGUAGCAUCCUCAACGGGCUCAGAGAUCAAAGAUCGUCGCUCAAGGGGACCCACAAAAAGAUGCUGGACGUGGCAAACAUGCUGGGCCUGUCCAACACGGUGAUGCGACUCAUCGAAAGGCGAGCCACCCAGGACAAGUGGAUCAUGAUCGGAGGGAUGCUGCUCACGUGUAUCUUCAUGUUCCUGGUGGUACGAUAUCUGGGCUGAACCCAGAUGGAGCCACAGACGGUUUUUUGUUGUUUUGUUUUUUUUACACAUCAGAUGUAUUUUUCUCGUGCCAUUGCGGUUGUCAGUUGUUGCACCUUCAUCAUGCUCGACCCGCUCCUUUGAAAUACAAGCUGAUCUGAAAUGUCUUCUUUUUUUUUUUUUUUUUCAAUAACAAGCUACAUGAUUGGUUAGAGGAUUAAAAUGUGAUGUAGUUUCAUUAAGGAGAGGUAAAAGAAAAUUGUAAUUGUACGGUACAUUGUCAUGAGUUACAGUUGACGCUAGUCUCACUAUGUGAGUGUU